GCGGCGCGCGCGGCAGCGGAGGAGCUGCCUUCGGCCUCAGCCGCCUCUUCCCCAUCCUCCUCUUCCUCUUCUCCCUUCCCCAUCCUCCUCCUCCGCUUCAUCCCCAUCCUCCUCUUCCUCUUCCCCCUCCGCCCUCCCAGUCGCCUCCGUCCUCCUCCGCUUCAUCCCCCUCCCCAUCCUCAUCCUUCCCCUCCUCGCCGUCUCCAUCCUCCUCCGCUCCAUCCCCGUCCCCAUCAUCCUCCUCCUCCUCCUCCUCCCCUUCCUCCCCACCCUCCUCCUCCUCCUUCUCUCCCGAUGGGCCCCCCCGGCCCGGCCACGCGGCUCUUGCCCCCCCUCGUUCUGGCGCUCGCAGGGGUCGCCCGGGGCACCUUCACGGUGGUGGCCUGGCCGCGGGUGGCCGUGGUGGCCUUCGGGGGCUCGGUGACCGUCAACUGCAGCCGCAGCGCCUGCCCGGGGGACAACGCCACGCUGGGGCUCGAGACCCCCCUGCCCGCGACCCCCGGGCCCGGGGGGCUCCGCUGGCAAAGCUUCCGGCUCCAGAACGUGUCCCAGUGGAGCCCCGGCCCCGUCACCUGCUCCGGCCGCUGCGGCGACACCGAGGCCAACGCCAGCGCCGGCGUCCUCGUCUACCAGCUGCCGGAGCGGGUGGAGCUGGAGCCGGUGCCGGCGGUGGCGGUGGGGGACAGCCGGAACCUGACGUGCCACGUGCGGGAGGUGGCCCCGCUGCGGAACCUGACGGUGACGCUGCGGCGCGGCGCCGAGACGCUGCGCACCGAGAGCUUCGGCGACGCCGAGGGCAGCGCCAGCGUGGCCGUGAGCCACCUGCUGACCGUCACCCGCGGCGACCACGGCCAGGACGUCACCUGCCACGCCGAGCUGUCCCUGCGGCCGCACGGGCCCCUGUUCGCCCGCGCCGCUGUCCCCGUCACGCUCUCGGUGUUCGCUCUCCCGGAGCCCCCCCAGCUCCAGGCCCCCGCCAUCCUCGAGGCCGGCACCUCGGCCAACGCCAGCUGCCGCAUCACCGGCGCCUUCCCGGCCGGCGACAUCCGCGUCACCGCCGCGCUGGACCAGGAGCCGCUGAACGUCACGGCGGCGGUGGCCGGGGACACGGUGACGGCCAGCACGGCGCUGUCCCCGAGCAGCCCCGGCCCGCGGGAGCUGAGCUGCACGGCCGCGGUGGCCACGGCGGCACGGACGGCGCGGAGGCAGCUCCACGUUUACCGAUUCCCCGCGCCCACCCUGGAGCUGAGCCCGGCCCCGGCCGCGGCGGGCAGCGAGGUGACGGUGACGUGCCACGCCGGGGCCACCGAGCCGCCCGCGGCGCGGCUGCAGCUCCGCGAUGCGGACGGCGGGGUCCUGGCCGAGGGCCCGCAGCCCCGGCUGCAGCUCCGGCUGCUGGCCCGGCGCGACGACGACGGCCGCGAAUUCCGGUGCCGGGCCAGCCUGGCGGUGGGCGACAUCGUGGUGACAAAGGACGCGGACGCGCGGCUGGCGGUGCUCUAUCUUCCCGAAAUCCCGGCCAGCGGCUGCCCCGGCAACCGCACGUGGGUGCGGGGCGCGCGGGAAGCGCUGUCCUGCCGCGCCACCGGCAACCCCGCGCCCACCGUGGUGUGCGGCCGCGACGGCGUCGCCGUGGCCACCGCCGAGCCCGAGCCGGUGACCCUCUCCCGCGCGGGGACCUACGUGUGCAACGCCACCAACGCGCUGGGCACGCGCAGCCGCCGCGUCACCGUCCGCGUGGAGUAUGAGCCCACGCUGUCCGAGUCGGGGUGUCCGGCACGCCGGGUCUGGGUGGAGGGGCAGCGGCGGGAGCUGGAGUGUCGCGCCGACGGGGACCCCCCGCCCAGCACGCGCUGUGCCCGCGACGGUGGCACCCGCGACGGCGGCACCCACCACGGAGGGGUCACCCGCGGCCGCGUGGUCACCCGGGCUGAUGGCGGCCGCUACGUGUGCAGGGCCACCAACAGGCACGGGGUGGCCGUGCGGAGCGUCAUUGUCACCGUGGAGUACCAGCCGAGCCUCGGCGAGCGCGGCUGCCCCGAGCGGCGGCGGUGGCUGGAGGGGACCCCGGCCGAGCUGGGCUGCGCCGCCACCGGGAACCCCCCGCCCCGCGUCACCUGCGCCAAGCUGGGCGACCCCGCCAACGCCACCGAGCUGGGCGACAGCCAGGACCCCCCCGGGGCCACCCCCAACGUCACCCGCGCCCACGCGGGCACCUACCAGUGCCGGGCCACCAACGCGCACGGCUCCGCCGUCCGCAACGUCACCGUCGCCGUGGAGUACGGCCCCGCCGGUGUCACCGUGCGCGUCCUGCCCUCCGCCAACGUCACCCGCGGCAGCGGCUUCACCGUGGACUGCGGCGCCGAGGGGGUCCCGGCGCCCACCUACACCUGGGCGCUGCCCCCCGCCCCCAACCUGCGCCUGGCCGCCGACAACCGCUCGGUCACGGUCACCGGGGCCACCACGGCCAACCGGGGCCUCUACACCUGCACGGCGAGCAACCGGCACGGCCGGCGGGCCGGGAGCGUCGUGGUGCGGGUGGACGAGAGCUGGCUGGCGCUGCUGGCGGCGCUGGGAGCGCUGGGCGCCUCGGCCGCGCUGGGGCUGGCGGCGGGCGGCGGGUACUACCUGAAGAGCACGGCGUGCAAGAAGGGCGAGUACAACGUGCGCGACGCCGAGGGCUCCUCCGAGGCCGCGUGCCUGCACCGGCACCGCGACCCCCGCGCCGAGGUGUUCGGCAUCCAGCUGAGCCCGCCCUGACCGGCACCGGCACCGGCACCGGCCUGCCGGGAGCCCCAGAGCCGGCCCAGCGGGAUUUGGGGUGGUUUUGGGGGGUUUUGGGAGCGCGAGGACGCCAAGGAUUCCCCCGGAGGUGCCCCUUGGCACCGGCAGGGGCCCGGGGAGGGUCUGGCAUCCGGCCCGCCCAGCCGGGACCGGGACCGGGACCACCCCCGUGGGGUUUGGGGACCCCCGGAGAGCCCCACCCGCCCCACCCCAGCGGUUUUUGGGGGAAUUUUGGGGGGCACAGCGCCCAGGACCGAGGGUUCCCCCGAGGGUUCCCCCCUCCCUACCCCGGCUCGUGGGGAGGGGGUUUGGGGGUCCCCACAAACACCGCCCCACACACCUCGGGGAUUUUGGGGCGAUUUGAGGGGUUUGGGAGCCGCGCCGAGCGUGGCACAGGCACCACUCAGGGCUGGGUGCUCGGGGGGGGCACACCCAAAAAUCGAUCAAUGAACGAUCAAUAAUCGAUCAAUGAACGAUCAAUAAA